AACUCCACAGCCCUGCCAAAGCCUGCAGCAGUACAGUCCUUUCUCCUCUUGUCCUCUCGUGUCCAGCAGACAGUCGUCCAAGAUGUUUGGAACCAGGAGCAUCAGACAGAGCCAGAGCUACAGAACAAGUUCUGUUCCCAUGAAGGCUCACAGUGUGUCUGGGCUCAGCUUUGCCCCACGCAUCGCCUCCACCUCCGUGCGCACCGUCUCCUCUGGGUAUGGAGGUGGCAUGGGGAUGAGCGGCGGUGGCAUGGGCAUGGGUAUGGGCAUGGGUGGCGGUGGCUUUGAUCUGAACAGCGCCCUGGACCAGAGCUCCGUGCAUCUGAACGAGAAGGCCACCAUGCAGAACCUGAAUGACCGUCUGGCCUCCUACCUGGACAAGGUCCGCUCUCUGGAGGCGGCCAACUCCAAGCUGGAGAUUCAAAUCCGAGAGUACUACGAGCAGAAAGGCCCUGCAGCUGAGAGGGACUACAGCAACUACUGGGCCAUCAUCAACGACCUGAAGGACAAGAUCAAUAAUGCCACCAUCCAGAAUGCUAACAUCCUGCUGCAGAUUGACAACUCCAAACUGGCUGCUGAUGACUUCAGGACCAAAUUCGAACAUGAGCUGAUGAUGCGUCAGUCCGUCGAGGCCGACAUCGCCAACCUGCGUCGUCUGCUUGACCAGACCACACUGACAAAGGCUGAUCUGGAGAUGCAGAUCGAAGGCCUGCAGGAUGAGCUGGCCUACCUGAAGAAGAAUCACGCAGAGGAGCUGGCAGCACUGCGCUCUCAGUUAACUGGCACAAUCAACGUGGAGGUCGACGCCUCGCCCCAACAGGACCUGAACAAAGUCCUGGAGGAGAUCCGUGCCCAGUAUGAGUCCAUCACUGACAAACACCGUCGCGACCAGGAGGCUUGGUUCAACGAGAAGUCGACAGUCCUGAGCAAGGAGGUGGCCAUCAGCACAGAGACAAUCCAGACGACCAAGACAGAGAUCAGUGACCUGCGGCGCACACUGCAGGGCCUGGAGAUUGAACUGCAGUCUCAGCUCAGCAUGAAAGGGGCGCUGGAGAACACGUUAGCAGAAACAGAGAACCGUUACAGCAGCAUGCUCGCCAGCUUCCAGAACACAAUCAACAUGCUUGAAACAGACAUGGCCAAUGUGCGCGCCAGCAUCGAGCAACAGGGUCACGAUUACAAGAUGCUGCUAGACAUCAAGAGCAGGUUGGAGCAGGAGAUCGCCACCUACAGGAGCCUGCUGGAAACAGAGGAGUCCAGACCAAUUGGUUCAGGCGGCUCAAAGACCACAGUCACAACCACCACUGUGCGUAGUUCCAGCUAAAAGGUCCAACCGGCAGAACAAGCUGUUCUCAGACACACGCAGACACAAACACACACGCCGAGUAAUAAAAGCUGUUACACGAGAUGAGUGAAACUGUACUGAUUAAAAAAGAAAAAAAGAAAAACGAGAUUUGUCCAGUGAAGUGAAGAGAAAAGAAGAAAAAGAAAGAAGAGAAGCCUGUGUUAAAGUUGAUGUAUGAAACAUUUGUCAUUCAGAAGAAGAACUGUCUGAUGCUGUGUGUUUGUGUUUGUGACCAGUUUGAAGAAAUAAAUCUGCCGAUGAACAUAAA